UGAAGCAGGCAUGGAAACGCUUGCAGAGACCUGUUAAACCAAGCCAGAGACAUGGUGCAGCAUAUGAAACAGAGUCAGGUGAUAGAUUUCCAAAAUGACUGGAAGCUAAUCACCGUUUUCUUUAGUACUGAAGACCCAUGUCUUCCCUGUGCUUCAAUCUACCAGGGGACUCGCUCACUGGACAGUAUGGAAAGACUUAAAGGAAUUUUGGAUUUUUUAUAUGAAGAACUCCCGAAAGCCUUUGUGAACCUGGUGGAUUCCACUGAGCUCAUGAUCUCCUCUCUUGUACGUGGAACUCACAAUAAAACAAGUGAUACAUCCAGGAAGCAAUGCAGCUGUUCCAAUGAACAUUCCAGACUUGAUGAUGUCAUAUUGAGAUGGUCCUAUCGGGAUGCCUGGGAAAAGCUGCUGGAGUCAAGGAGAUAUGAUGUGAGGGAUGAUUUCACUGUUGUUCUUCAGCCCUUCCUGCAAGACAUAAAUCUGCCGUUUAGAACAGGCAGACAAGUUAUGGGCAGUUCCAUAUCCAAGACGCAGGUGGAACUCACUGAAGGGGAACAUGCUGCCUUGGGUGUGAUCCUCUGGAACAACAUGAUGGAACCAAUUGGGCAAAAGGAACCUUAUCAGUUCACAGAAAUGCUUCAAGCACAGUGCCCAUCUCAGGAGCAUCCCUAUUUUUUCACGUACAAGAAUAGUAACUACUUGUCUUUUCCUGUGACCUCACAUAAGGAAGUAUUGUCUCAGGAAAGAAGCUAUGGGACAAGCAUUCCCUGUCCAGACCGCAGGCCCUCUAAUUCAGUUCCUGUUUCAGUUCACAAUUUGAGGCCUGCAGACAUUAAGGUGAUUGCCGCCCUGGGAGAUUCACUCACAGCAGGUAGUGGGGCAGCAGCCAAACCCAAUGAUGUUCUAGAUGUUCUUACUCAGUACCGAGGUCUUUCUUGGAGUAUUGGAGGAAAUGAAAACAUAAACACAGUCACCACUCUACCAAAUAUUCUUCGUGAAUUCAAUCCUUCCCUUCAAGGGUACUCCACUGGCUCUGGUGGGCCGAAUACACCGAAUGCAUUCCUCAACCAGGCUGUGAUAGGAGAUCGUGCAGAGGAUGUCCCUGCACAGGUUCGGAAACUAGUGGACCUGAUGAAGAAUGAUGUGAGAAUAAAUUUCCAGGGAGACUGGAAGCUCGUAACACUUUUUAUAGGAGGAAAUGACCUGUGCAAAUUCUGCAAUGAUCCUAUAACCUUUUCUCCUGAGAACUUUACCAGAAACAUACAAACAGCUUUGGAUAUGCUUCAUAAAGAGGUACCUCGGACAUUUGUGAAUCUGGUGACAGUGCUUCACAUAAUAACCCUACGCGAGCUGUAUCAGGAGGCGAGCAUUAAUUGUCCAAGGGCGCUCAUGAGGAGUUUGUGUCCUUGUCUAUUGAAGUAUGAUGCCAAUUCCACUGAAACUGAGAUGCUAAAGUCCUGUAAUAGAAGAUAUCAGGAGGGAACCCACCAACUAGUUGAAAGUGGAAGGUAUGACACAAAGGAAGACUUCACAGUGGUUGUGCAGCCAUUUCUGGAAAAAGUGUCAAUGCCCAAGACCAAGGAAGGAUUGCCUGAUGCCUCAUUUUUUGCCCCAGACUGUUUCCACUUCCACCAAAAGGCUCAUUCUCAGGCUGCCCGUGCCUUGUGGAACAACAUGCUAGAAUCCCAUGGAGAGAAGACGGAUGCACAGGCUCUUGAAGAAGUGAUAACCCUCAAAUGUCCAAGCCGGGCUCAGCCAUUUCUGAAGACCUACAAGAACAGUAAUAUUACAUACUCCAAUGAAACGACACCACCACUGCCUUCAGCUGCUCCCCCAGGGCAGAGACCAGAUGAGAAUCAUGGAAGCCAGCUGCUAUGUGAGGGCCAGGCUCCUUCCAUCUCUUAUCCCACUUCAGUGCAUGCCUUGAAACCAGCUGAUGUGCGAGUGAUAGCAGCCCUUGGGGAUUCUUUGACUGCUGGUAAUGGAAUUGCCUCUGGACCAAACAACCUCUCCGAUGUGGAUACAGAAUAUCGGGGGCUGUCCUGGAGUGUUGGAGGGGAUGCCUCAUUAGGAAGUGUGACAACUCUGCCAAAUAUCUUUCGUGAGUUCAACGUUAACCUUACGGGUUACUCGACUGGCAUUGGGAAUGCAAGUGAGCCAAACACCUUUCUCAAUCAGGCCAUUCCUGGAGCAGAGGCUAAGAGAUUACCAAGCCAAGCAAGAACUCUGGUGAGACUAAUGAAAAAUGAUCCGAGAAUUAACUUUAAUGUCGACUGGAAGAUCAUCACUGUGUUAAUUGGAGCCAAUGAUCUGUGCAACUAUUGCAAAGACCCUAAUCACUAUUCAGCUGUAAAUUUCACUAGGCACAUUCAAGAAGCCCUUGACAUUUUGCAUGCAGAGGUUCCCAGAGCCUUUGUGAAUCUGGUUGAAGUAAUGGACCUCAUCCCUUUGAGGCAGAUGUUUCAGGAUAGCCAAGGACAGUGCCCCACACAUCUAGAAGACAAUCUGUGUGGCUGUGUUCUCCCAGUGAAGGAAGGCUCACAGCAACUGGUGAUGGUGACAGAAGCUACAAGAGCCUACAAGGAAAGUGUUCAGGUGUUAACAGAGUCUGGCAAGUAUGAUACCCAUGAGAAUUUCACUGUGGUGGUGCAGCCUUUCUUUCGAAAUACCAAGAUUCCUCUUCUUCAGGAUGGACGUCCAGAUCUCUCCUACUUUGCACCUGACUGCUUCCAUCUGAAUCAGAAAUCCCACUCUCAGCUCUCCCGGGUACUCUGGAACACCAUGCUUCAGCCUAUAGGAGAGAAAAUGGAAUCCAUUGACUUUACAGCUAAUAUUGCCCUGAGCUGUCCAACUGCACAUAAGCCCUUCCUGGGAACAUACAGGAACAAAAACUCCAGUAAUGGGUCAAUUCAGAAUUGGGGCAGUGACCUGCUGUGUCCCGAACAGACAGUAUCUAAAAGUGUCCCAACAUCAGUUCAUGAACUACGGCCAGUUGACAUCAAAGUCAUAGCAGCACUGGGAGAUUCCCUGACAACUGCUGUAGGAGCCCAAGCAACCAGCUGGAAUGACCUGGACACAGCCUGGAGAGGACUUUCCUGGAGCAUUGGAGGUGAUGGAACCCUGGAAACUCAUACAACGUUACCUAAUAUUUUGAAGAAGUUUAAUCCAAAUAUUUUUGGCUUCUCUACUGGCACCACGAAGGAAAUGGCUGGGUUCAACGUAGCUGCAGCUGGAGCCAAAGCACUCAAUAUGUCAACCCAGGCCCGUACACUGGUGGAGCUAAUGAGAAACAGCUUGAAAAUGAACUUCAAGUUGGACUGGAAACUGAUCACAAUCUUCAUUGGAGGCAAUGACCUGUGCCAGUACUGCUUGGACCCGGAGACCUAUUCAGUAGAAAAGUAUGUCAGACACCUCCAGGACACUCUGGACAUUCUUUACAAGGAGCUCCCUCGAGCCUUUGUCAACUUGGUGGAGAUAAUGGAGAUCUCAGGUCUGCGUCAGAUAGAAAGAGAUGCCUCAGGGUGCGUGCCCCCAGGGAGGAGUGUUUGUCCGUGUGUCUUAAACCCCCAGGAAAAUUCUCCUGAGUUACAAGAAAUGAGAAGAAUUAACAGAGAUUUUCAGUUGAAAAGCAUGCUGAUGGUCAACAGCGGCCGUUACGAACAGCGGGAAGAUUUCACUGUAGUGGUGCAACCGUUUUUCCGAAAUACCAUGAUGCCAUUAAACAUUGCUAGGAAGCCAGAUCUGAGUUUCUUUGCUGUGGAUUGCUUCCAUUUUGCUGAGAGAGGCUAUGCUGAGAUGGCCAUGGCUCUCUGGAAUAACAUGCUGGAGCCAGUUGGUAGAAAACAGAGCUAUAAUAACUUUACUUACAACAGAAUGAAACUCAAGUGUCCAAGUUUGGAGAAUCCCUUUCUUUAUACAUCAAGAAACAGUGGAUUGCAAAAUACAGUUCCCAGCCCAGAGGAAAUAGCAGUGCCUUACUGGGCGGUUAUAGUGGCGGCGGCAGCUGGAGUCCUGGCUGGUUCCCUGCUUGUUUGGGCUGUAUUGGUAAGAAGAUCCAGAAAGCAGCAGCAGAAGAGACAGAUUGCAACAGAAAUGAAAUCAACAUUUCUAUAAACCAGACUCUCUCAGGGAACUUAUAUCUGCCUCUGCUGGAACUGGGGUGAUGGGAAAGAGCUCUUUUUGAUACUCAACUGUUUUAUUAUCUAAAUGGAUUGGCCAGUGAAUUGGAACUAGAUCACCUUGACUGUACAUGAUAGUAGAGCAUUUGCUAACCUGGCAGUGUCUUCUGCACGUAGCCAUGCCUAGAAAGGAAUCAAAAGUAUACAUCAAGGCUUCUUCCUUCUAGGUGUACUAAUCAUCUAUGGGAUGAAAAUUACCCUACAUAUCAAGUCCUAACAUGAAGUGAGAAAACUAUUCAUGCCUUAUCCAGUGCAGGCUCAACUGUUUUCUAUUGCAUGUUUAUAUGGAAUAAAAUGAUAUAUCACAA